AGUGAUUCGAAUGCCGGGGGCUAUGGUAAUUUGUAGCAGCUCCCGAAGUUCAGGAUUUUCGACGAGGCGCCUUCGUCUCACAAGGGGUGGAAAGACAAGUUCUGCUACAUCCGUCUGGCUGAGAACCCUUUCUCCGCUCCGCUUGGUGAUAGGUUUCGGCGGCACCUGAAGGCAGAAGGGUAUGCCCUCGAGAAAAAUGGGCGGGUGUUGUCCAAGAAACCGGAGGGGUCUGAUAAGCACGUGUCCAUCAAAGGCGCAACGCUCUCCAGUGAGUUGUACAAGCUUGGCUUCCGUCGGUACCGGCUGAUGGGGGAGAAAGAGGAAGGCUACCCCACGAUUGAUCACGUAUAUGAGAGCGCCGAAGGUUGUUGCAAUGCCGAGGGCUUUAAUUUUCAUACUUAGAAUUUUUUUUUUGCUUUGUUGUAGUAGUAAACUAACCUUUGUGUGCCUUCUUGUGUUUCAGGACCAGAUAUGGACGCCCGGAACCUUGUCAAGCUGAAGAGGCAACUCGCCAAGGAAGACCAGAAGAAGGAGGCCCCCGCACAGCAGAGGGCGGUCGACGAGAUAUUCCCUAAGGCAGGAGCAGCCGAAGAGGCCAAGGAGGUAGGGCCCGUCACGGAGACCACCGUCGGAGGCUCCCCCGGUCUGGAGCCGAAGAGGAAAAGACUUGGGAAAGACCCGGCACAACCGGAGGGGAAGAAGAAGAAGAAGGGGGCCCCGGAGUUGAAGGAAGCCUCCGUUGUGGUCGUAGAUGAAUCUUCUCCCCCCAAGCCUUCGGGUCAAGCCACUGGUCUGACAUGGCCCCAGGACAAAAUCCAAUUCUCCAUCACGAAGGGGACUGCUAUCAUGCACGGGACCCUGAACCCGAAGGAAUUUUUGAGGGGUGCCACCCCUCCGACCGAUAAGUCUGUGCUCUCCCGCCAAGCCGACGAUGUCCUCUGCUCUAAGGUUCUGAUGGCCUCGGUUACGGCAAGCCUUGGCCUUGGCGAGCUGGCCCAGAGGAUAGAGCAGUAUGAUUCGGAGAAGAAGAAAGCUGAUGAAGCAUUGGCUGAGGCCCGAAGGCAGCUCAAAGAGGCCGAGGAAGCUCGCAAAGUUGAGCAAGAGGAUUUUAAUGAAAUCCUCGAGAGCUCCUAGACGGUGGCCAGGGCCGAAGGCAAGGCAGAGGCGGAGAAGGCUGCGGCCGAUGCUGCCAAGAAGGCCGCGAAGGAUGCCGAGGAGGCCCAGAUCAAAGCCGUCACCGAAGCCCGGGAGGAUGUUGUUGCCGCUUUUGCUGAGGAGGGAUGGAAAGCCGAAGGCCGGCAGGAAUGGGUGGCUUCGGUGGUGGAGGCUUCGGUGAACGAAUGGGUGAAAGGCCCAGGCGCAAUGUGGCUGGCCCGAAAGGGGAAAGAGUAUUAUGACGGGGGUGAGUACUUUACUCAGGCCCUUGUAUAUCGAAGGUUGUCCCGGCAUCUCGGGGUGGACCCGAAGGCCUUCGAUCCGGCAUCCUAUGGUCUCCCUCCCCUCCAGCCAAACCCCAGGGUUCCCCUCCCUGAAGGUGUUGCGAGGCCUGAUUUGGAAGACUCCAUGCUGAUGGCCGAGGGCAGUGACGAAGAGGAAGAAACCGGGGAUGAUGCCGCGUCUAAGCCUGUAGUAGAGGACGCCUCCGGGAAUGAUGUUGUUGAUUUGUAAUUUGUACUUAGUAAAUAUUUGGGACUUACUUUGUAAUGGUCACAUUUGUAUGCUUCCGACCCUAGCCAUCGUUGUAACAAUUACAUUACUCUUCUUUUUGAUGGAUGAAUGUUAGCCCUCGGGCCUUGCGUAUUUGACUUGUUUUCUUUAACUUAUUUCCUCUCGAAUGUAUGCCGUCGUUUUCUCUUGAAUGUACGUUUAGGACUUAGAAAAUU